GACUCACUGGCUGCGGCAGGCAUAAAUAGGCGGCCGUCUACCUGGGAGCGGCAUUGGGUUCUCGGCUCCGAGCACCCGCAGAGCCUGAGAUACAGCGAGAGCCCCCUCCCCAGCCCCGCCGGGACAUGAUCCUGCCCUGCGCCCUGGUGGCCGUCCUCCUAGCUGCUGGCCAAGCAGCCAACCCUUGCUGCUCAAACCCCUGUCAGAACAGAGGAGUAUGCAUGACAACAGGAUUUGAUCAGUAUGAAUGUGACUGUACAAGGACAGGGUAUUAUGGGGAAAACUGUACAACACCGGAAUUCUUCACGUGGCUGAGGCUAACAUUGAAACCUUCACCAAACACUGUCCACUACAUCCUCACCCACUUCAAAGGAGUCUGGAAUAUCAUCAACAACAUACCCUUCUUACGGGAUGCUAUUAUGAGAUAUGUAUUAACAUCAAGAUCACACUUGAUCGACAGCCCACCAACUUACAAUAGUGAUUAUAAUUACAAAAACUGGGAAGCUUAUUCCAACCUUUCCUAUUACACAAGAAGCCUUCCACCAGUAGGACUUGACUGUCCAACACCAAUGGGUGUCAAAGGUAAGAAAGAGCUCCCAGAUUCAAAGCUGAUUGUGGAAAAGUUUUUGUUAAGGAAAAAAUUUAUUCCUGACCCACAAGGCACAAAUGUGAUGUUCACAUUCUUUGCCCAACACUUCACUCAUCAGUUCUUCAAGACGGACCACAAGAAAGGACCUGGCUUCACCAAAGCUCUAGGCCAUGGGGUUGACUUGAACCAUAUUUAUGGAGAGACUCUGGAGAGGCAACUUAAACUGAGACUUCUGAAGGAUGGAAAGCUAAAAUACCAGAUGAUUGAUGGAGAAAUGUAUCCACCAACAGUGAAGGACACUCAAGCAGAGAUGAUCUACCCUCCCCACAUACCAGAACACUUGCAGUUUUCUGUUGGGCAGGAGGUGUUUGGCUUGGUCCCAGGCUUAAUGAUGUAUGCUACAAUAUGGCUGAGGGAACACAACCGGGUCUGUGACAUCCUGAAACAGGAGCAUCCAGAGUGGGAUGAUGAGCAGCUGUUCCAAACUACUAGGCUUAUAUUGAUAGGAGAGACAAUCAAGAUCGUUAUUGAGGACUAUGUACAACACCUGAGUGGCUACCACUUCAAACUCAAGUUUGAUCCUGAGCUGCUGUUCAACCAGCGAUUUCAAUACCAGAACCGAAUUGCAGCCGAAUUCAAUACUCUCUACCACUGGCACCCACUUCUGCCUGACACUUUCCAAAUACAUGACCAGGAGUACACUUUCCAGCAGUUCCUCUACAACAACUCCAUAAUGCUGGAACAUGGCCUUUCCCAUAUGGUGAAAUCUUUCUCCAAGCAAAGUGCUGGCAGGGUUGCUGGUGGGAAAAAUAUUCCUGCUGCAGUACAAAAAGUAGCAAAGGCUUCAAUUGACCAAAGCAGGCAAAUGAGAUACCAGUCCUUGAAUGAGUACAGGAAACGCUUCAUGUUGAAACCAUUCAAAUCAUUUGAAGAACUAACAGGAGAAAAAGAAAUGGCAGCUGAACUGGAAGAGCUUUAUGGAGACAUUGAUGCUAUGGAGCUGUACCCAGGCCUUCUUGUAGAAAAGCCACGACCAGGUGCCAUCUUUGGUGAAACAAUGGUGGAGAUUGGAGCACCAUUCUCUCUGAAAGGACUCAUGGGAAAUGCUAUCUGCUCCCCUGAGUACUGGAAGCCUAGCACCUUUGGUGGAAAAGUUGGAUUUGAAAUAAUCAAUACUGCAUCCUUACAGAAGCUCAUCUGCAACAAUGUGAAAGGCUGUCCAUUCACAGCUUUCCACAUCUUAAAUCCUGAACCCACAGAGGCAACUAUUAAUGUUAGUACCUCAAAAACAGCAAUGGAAGACAUCAAUCCCACACUACUACUGAAAGAACGAUCUGCUGAGUUGUAAAAAUACAUCUAUUUAUUUAUUUAACUAUAUAAUUUAUUCUAUUUAUGGCUUAAAGUGGUUUUCAAAAAAAAAAAAAAAAAAAAAAAACACAGGGCAAAAAACCCUGAAAGCAUCUUCAUUCUGGGGGUUGCCCUAGAUGCCUUACUCAGGUAAGGCUUCUACUUACAAAAGGGAUUUUCUGUGUUUUGAGCUCUACAGUGCUGAAUCCCUUGUUUUAGGUCUUCUGUAACAGAACUAUGUAUUCCAAAGUGGACGAAGGUUCCAACUUUUUUUAUGUUGUUUUAAUACUUGACGAAGAGUGUUAGUGGGGUUUUUGUCUCUUCGUUUGAUAGGUCACAUAACACUACAAAAGCAAGUUACUGCCUCAGCAACUUCUUAAACAGGCCAUUGAACUAAAAGUACAAGAAAAAUUGCCUUAGUGAAAACUGCCAGAAAAGAUUGAGAUCAAUAUGAGCACUCAAAGAUUAACAAAAAUAGAUAUACUUGAGACUCACUCAUGUAAAGUCAGAAAAUGUAUUGCAUUCAUUGUUGAUACUACCUCUCCCUCAUUGCAAAAUAAGGCACUUUGUAUAAUAACUUA